AUGGAGAGCAUCCCUGCUGAACUUGUAAAGAACGAAACCCAGAGUUUAGUGAACUUGGUGAAAAAUGGAGCUCAAUAUAUAUGUUGCUUCAAUAGUUAUGUUCAAGAGUAUGAGCAAGCAAAGGAAAGAUUGAAAGCAAAACUCGAAGAUGUAAGGAGAAUAAUUGAUCAAGCUAGAGGUGUUUCUUUUGUCACAUCUGGAGCACUACAAUGGACACAUGAAGUUGAAAAACUCAUUGAUGUUGACACUAAGAAAGAGAAAUGCUUUAAUGACUUGUGUCUUAAUUGCUGGCCUCAAUAUCAGAAAGGCAGAGACUUGGCGAAGGGGACUCUAGAUAUUGACAGACUUCUAAAAAGAUGUAACUUUGAUAUAGUGGCAGGUUCAACUGAUUUUCCGGGUAUAAAAUACCAUUGCUUACCAAAUUUCACGUAUUUUGAGAGCAGAAAGUCAAUAUUUAAAGAACUUAAAAAGGCACUAGAAGAUGAAGAAAACAAUAUGAUUGGGCUGGAAGGCUUAGGGGGAACAGGCAAAACUUCAAUGGCAACAGAAGUGGGUGCUGAAUUGGAAGGAUCCACAUUCAGCAAAGUCAUCUUUCUUGUUGUCUCUAAGCUUCCAGAUUUCAAACAUCUUCGAGGUGAAAUUGCUAGACGUUUGGGUUUGAAAUCAGAGGAUGGAGAGUACCGCAAAAAAAUAUUGACCAAAAUCAAAGCGUUAAAAGAGAAACUUCUUAUAGUACUAGAUGAUGUGUGGAUGGAGUUUGAUCUCAGGAAAGAGUUGGGGAUUCCUCCUCCCCACUUGCAUAAGGGUUGCACUAUAUUGAUAACCACUCGGAGCAAAGAGAUUUGUAAAAAAAUGGAUUGUCAAAGGAUCAUUCAUCUACAAGCAUUGACUGAUAAGGAAGCAUUGCAACUUUUCCUCGAGCAUGCUAAUAGCUCCUCUACUUUGGAGAAUCUGGCGCAAGAAAUUGUGAAGCAUUGCCAUGGAGUACCAGUUGUAAUUUUAGCUCUAGCAAGAUCACUAAAAGAUCGACCUUUUAAAGUUUGGACAGAAGCCUUGAGGAACUUGCAAAGUGGUGAGUCAAUAUUCAAUGUUCGUGAUGAAGAUUUGAAGAAGGUCUAUGAAGGUUUAAAGUUAAGCUAUGAUAAUUUGAGAAAUGAAAAAUCCAAAAAGCUCCUAUUGAUAUCUUCUCUAUUCCCCGAAGAUUUUAAUAUUCCCAUGGAGUUUUUAAUUAGAAUUGGUGUAGGAAUGGGCCCUUUUGGUAAGGAAGUUGAUGACUACAACAAAAGAAGAAGAAAAUCACUUGAUGCUGUAGUGGAACUCCUAGGUUCUUCUUUAUUGUUGAAUGCUGAGAGGGAAUGUGUAAAGAUGCAUGAUUUAGUUCAUGAAGUAGCCUUAUUGAUAGGACAAGAAGACAUUCAAUCCAUCAUUAAAUCUGAACUAUCUGUAAAAAAAGGGUUGCAAUGUUUAUAUUGGAAAAAUGAUGAUUUUUCGAGACCUUUUGAUAGUCAAAACCUUGAGGUAUUAUUUCUAGUUCGAGAUGAUCGAAAGGAUUUGGAAGUCCCUGAUACAUUCUUUAGAGAGAUGACAAAGCUCAAAGUUUUGUUUUUACAAAAUAAAGCUUGGCAUCGAAUUUCAGCUCCAUCACUGUUUCCAUUAAUUCAGUUAUUACAAGAUAUUCGAACUCUCAGGAUAAAGAAUUUUAAUUUACAUAGCAACAUCUCUAUGUUGGGAGGGUUAUCAAAUCUUGAGACACUUUGGUUGGAUGAUUGCUCAAUCAUUAAACCUGAAAAAAAAUUUGAGCUACAAAAGUUGAGAUUCUUAGGGAUAGAAAAUUGUAACAGUAAUAUGAAUAAUCCUUUUGAAUUGAUUGAAGCAUGCCCAAAGCUAGAGGAGUUGGCUUUUUUGAGUAAUGAUUAUGUCAAGCAUCAAGAAGAAGAUACAAUUUCUCAAGAAGUAUCUCUUCCUUCCUUACAAAUAUAUCAAAUAUCUUCUGAGGGCAACUUUUUAGAUUAUUUUAAGCAAUAUGGUUCCCUGUCAAGAUGCUUUCAGCCAGGUAGUUUAACGCAUUUAAUCUCUGAGGCCACAUUUAGGCAACUUGCAAGGACAGCAGAGCUUCUUAGCUUAAGUGGGCAUGGAAAACAGAAAAAUCUUAUCCCUGACAUUGUUCCAGUAGAUGACACAGGUAUGACUGACUUGAUCAUUCUUCAAUUGGAUUCUUGGCCUGACAUGCAAUGUCUCAUUGAUGCUGUGAACAAUUGCUUUGACGUGAAGAAUGCCUUUUCCAAUUUAGUUGGACUAUAUCUUUCUAAAAUAGGACUAAGCAAUAUAUUAUUUAAUGGCCAUUAUAACCUGUGUCAUCUGAAGACCUUGAAACUGAAGGAGUGUCCAAAGCUGACGUCAAUUUUCCUCCCAUCCACUGCUCAAAGCCUUUUGCAUUUGGAAGAGUUGAACAUUAGGAGAUGUGAUGCAUUGGAAUGCAUUGUAGAAGAUCAGAGUUCAAGAGGGGAAAUAGCUGGUGGUGAUGGUGACAAUGAUCAAAAGAGCUACGGCACCCUGUUUCCAAAGUUUAAAAUUCUUGAAAUUGAUAGUUGUGACAAUUUAGAAAUAAUAUUGCCAAUCCUUCAUGGUGGAUGGCAUCUAGAAAGAAUAAUCAUACAGCGCUGCAAGAAGUUGAAAUAUAUAUUUGAUAAGUUCCAAGAGGUCAAUGUUAAUCUCCCCUUUGUGGAAAGAAUGCAACUUGUUAGUCUGUCAAGUCUGGUUGGUGUUUUCAGGCAGUAUGAAAAAUCCACCUCUUCGUCACCACAACGACCAGCACCCAUACCUUCAAGCACCAAGAUACGUUCUUUUUCUUGGGGUCAAGUAUGUUGUUUUAAAUCAAAGGCGACAAGUGAAGAGGCUGAUGUUGCUGUUUCUAUGGGGAGAUUGCUUGACAAAGGAAUCUCACAGGGAUUACUUGCAUCUAAGAAAUGGAUUGAUAAUGCUCCUACACUUGGGAGGCAACUAGCACUCCAUGUUGUUGGUCAUAUCAGGAAGAUGGAACUUGCAUCUCUCUCUUCAAAUUCAGUAUCAACUUUGUUCACUUUAUCUAUGGCAUCAGUGAUAGCAUGGGAAGAAUUGACAAUCAGUCGUUAUGAUGGGCUGAAGCACUUGGUAAUGAGCGAGGAGGAUGAUUAUAAAGAUGAAAUCAAUUGCAGUUCCAUUUUCCCAAAGUUACAGAAACUUUAUAUCUCAGAGUGCGUGGACUUGGAAUUUUUAUUUCUGUCUGCAAUAUCUAUAGAAAUUAAGAAUUUAAAGUCCUUGACUAUUGAAGGUGCUCCUCAGCUGACAUAUGUCAGUGAGAAAUACCAGCAUCAGCAUCGUUUAUCUGAUCAAAAUCAGAAUGACGAGUGGCACUUUGAUCUCCCUGCUUUGGAGGUCCUCUGUUUAGAGAAAGUACCUAAGUUCAUCGACAUUGGUCCCAUGAAUUAUAAAAUAGUGUCACCAUCUCUACCACACGUUUGUUCAGACAAAGCACAACUGAAUUUGAAUACCACAAAGGAAUUAGAUCCAUCCACAUGUGGAGUUUUUCCUUCCCACCCAGCUCAAAGCCUUUUGGUCCAAUCAUUGAAGAAUGUAAGGAAAAUAGAACUCACAGAAUGUGAGAACUUAAUAUCACUGUCAAAUCUAUCCGUUGCGGCCUCAACAAUUUCAUUGAAAAAUUUGAGAAUACAGAAAUGUCAUAAACUGAAGUGCAUCACAACACAUGAGGGAGAUGCCCAAGUUGUCAUAAAAUUUGAGUAUUGUUCCAUUUUCCCAACACUAGAGAAUCUGUAUAUUGGGGAUUGCGAGGAGUUGGAAUUUGUAUUUCAAUCAUCAAUAUCUGGUGGUCUUCAAAAAUUGAAGUCUUUGACUAUCAUGAAAGUUCUUGAACUAAAAUAUAUUGUUGGGAACUACCAGCAAGAUCAGCAAAAUGAAGAGCUGCAUUUCGAUCUCCCUGCUUUGGCGACCCUGUACAUUGAAGAUGCGCCAAAGAUCAAAAGCAUUGGUGCUAAGAAUUAUAAGAUGGAUCUGUCAUCUCUUCAGAAUGUUGUGAUGUGGAAUUGCGGCAUUAAAUCUUUGGAUGAUUAUGACAUGGUGAAUUUGCCGACUUCAGAGGAAGUAGGUGCAUCCACAGAAGGAGUUCCUCCUUUCCUUGUAGCUCAAAGCCUUUUGGUGCAAUCAUUGAAGAAUGUUACGAAAAUAAAACUAUGGAAAUGUGGGAACAUAUUAUCACUGUCAACUCUCUCCAUUGCGGCCUCAACAAUUUCGUUGGAAAGUUUGUCAAUCAGUAAAUGUCAUAAACUGAAGUGCAUCACGACACAUGAGGGAGAUGCUCAAGUUGAUAAUAAGAAUUAUUGUUCCAUUUUUCCAACACUAGAGAAACUGGAAAUUAAUUAUUGCAGGGAGUUGGAAUUUGUAUUUCAAUCAUCAAUAUCUGGUGGUCUUCAAAAAUUGAAGUCUUUGUAUAUUAGGGAAGUUCCUGAACUAAAAUAUAUUGUUGGGAACUACCAGCAGGAUCAACAAAAUGAAGAGCUGCAUUUCGAGCUCCCUGCUUUGGCGAACCUGUACAUUGAAGAUGCGCCAAAGAUCAAAAGCAUUUGUGCUAAGAAUUAUAAGAUGGAUCUGGCAUCUCUUCAGAAUGUUGUGAUGGGGAAUUGCGGCAUUAAAUCUUUUGAUGAUUAUGACAUGGUGAAUGUGACGACUUCAGAGGAAUUAAAUUCAUCUACAGGCAGAGUUCCUCCUUUCCAUGCAUCUCAAAUCUUGUUGACGCAAUCAUUGAAGAAUGUUAGAAAAAUAGAACUAUUCGGAUGUUGGAACAUAAUAUCAUUGUCAACUCUAUCCCUUGCCUCAACAAUUUUGUUGGAAGAUUUGUCAAUACUGAACUGUCAUAAACUGAAGUGCAUUGUAGAAGAUGAGGCAGAUGCUGGAACUCACAUGAGCUAUAAUUCCAUCUUUCCAAAGUUGAAACGGUUAGAAGUUUCAGACUGCCACGCAUUGGAAUAUUUAUUCCCUGCAUAUGCUUUCACAUGCCCUGCAUAUUUGGAAUCUUUGGUGCUCAAAAGGGCUCCUAUGUUGAAAUAUGUAUUUGGAAGAAACCAACAUGAAGACAAUAUAACUCAUCAGAACGAGAGUAGCAAAAUUCACAUGGACUUCCCUACUUUGAAAGAUUUUUCAAUUGAGGAUGCGCCAGAGGAAAAAAAGAAGGCGCCAAUUCAUACAAGUCCCAACCUCACUGUUCUUCCUACAAGAGACAACACUCAUGCAAGUGCCAAAAUUUUUGAAAAGGAAGAGGAAGAGGAAGAUGACCUAGCUGUGCCACCUGUAACAAUUAUUUCAAGUGAGCAAACUUCUGAGGCAAUCUUGCCAUUGAGUCCUAUGUCAACAAAAGCUUCAACAAGCCUCAAUCAAAGUCUUUCAACCGUUCUCCCCAAGCCUUCCAAUGGAAGAAAUCUUCAUAAUGAUGUUGAAUCCACUAACCAACAAACUUCUAAUGUUGCAAAUGAUGUUCAAGCUUCUCACAAAUCCCUUGGCCAUGCCACCGUCUCAAGUGGAAGUGGCAAUAUAAGAGUUGAUACAGGUGGCUUGAUAACUACCCGACAUCGUCAAAGUGACAUAAAAGCAAAGAACUCUUUCCUCAAAGAAAAGCCUAAGACUUCCAUUCAUGGAGACCCAUUUGUGCCAUGCAUGACAACUGUUUCAAGUGAGCAAACUUCUAAGGCACUCUUGCCACAGAGUCCUAAGUCUUCAAAAGCUUCACUCUGCAAGCCUACUGAUGACAUUAAAGUUUCUGAUAAGCCUCCUGCCACUGUCAUUGGUAAUGGCGUCCCCAUUCCACGGCCAACGACUCGAUACAAGGGUGUUAAUAAUGACAAGGACAUCAAUGAGACAAAUGUAACUCAAGAUGAAUCCAAGACAAAAAUGGCGUCCCGUGGUGGCCAACCAAAUUCAAGUGAGCAUGUGGCUGAUGACCCAAGCAAUCUUUGGCAGAUGGAACAAGAGCUGUCAUGUUCUAGAGGCCAAAUUAAGCAUCCUGAUGUGACAAAAUCAUCAAAUAUUAAUACUGAGCAUGCACAAUCUUCGUUGCUUCCAUUUUCUACUCCUUCAGAUUCGGCACCUUCUGUUCUUGAGACUGACCAAGCUUUGAAUAUUAGUGGAGUGCAAGAGAUAGUUGAGAUGAUGAAAUUAGAGGGUUCUGACACUUCUUUAUUGGAAGAGGCACUCAAAACUCACCCACAACUGCGUCUGUCUACAAAUGAUCGAAGCACCCAAAUGCUGUGCGUAUCCUAUAGGGUAUUGAUUGAUAUACUCCACAUUCUAACCACCAGAACACCCUUCACAAUCACUGAGGCAGACAAGAGGUUGUUGGAAGAGAAAUUAAAGGAUGCUCGUUUUGUUGGUUUUGAUAAGGACUGGCUUGAAUCUAUCAAGACUAAGGUUUUUAAUAGUGAUUUAUCUGAUUUUGAUGGCAUCCAAGAAAUUAUAACGGGUUUGGACAGUGAUCUCAAGACCAAUGAGGCAAUGCUUGCGGCUAGUCGAAAUCAAGAGGUUAAGGCAGCUCAAGUGGCCGAAAUGGCUCAAAAGCACCUGGAAGCUGCGUUACAAGAGGAUGCAAAUGUGAUGGCAAAUCAUACUCAGCUUUCAAAGGCCCGACAAGAGAUUCUAGCAAGGCAAAACCAAUACAGGGAAAUGAUUGCUGCUAAAAAUAAACAUUUUGGAUUCUAG